GUUAGGGUUAGGAGGGUUUUUGCGCGUAGAAGGUGCAGAUGUUGGCGGUACUGAACACAGAAGAAGAAGAAGAAGAAGAAGAAGAAGAAGGAGCUGCUCUUGACGUUUUAUCAAAGAGGCAACAUUGCUGCUGAGAUGGAAACCUGUGGAGACAUCCAAGUAAAGGAGCUGAACAAGCGUGCUUCUGGUCACGCAUUUGAGGUCAUCCUGAAACCCUCAACCCCAGAUGCCAAGAGCGAAUCCCCGUUCCCAUUGUCCCCUAUUAAAAAAAAGUUAACAUCACUGGAUGAGAUUAAGAGGAAACUGGAAGCUGCAGAAGAGAGACGCAAGAGCCACGAGGCUGAGGUGCUGAAAAACUUAGCUGAGAAACGAGAGCAUGAGAAGGAGGUCAUCCAGAAGGCCAUAGAAGAAGACUGCAACUUCAGCAAGAUGGCACAAGAGAAACUCAAUCAAAAGAUGGAGGCAAACAAGGAGAACCGCACUGCAAGGAUGGCGGCUCUCAAUGAGAAAUUCAAGGAGAAGGACAAGAAGCUUGACGAAGUGAGGAAGAACAAGGAGGCAAUGAAAGAAGUGGACAAUUAAUUUGUUUAGGAUCUGGAAAACAGUCUUUACAUCUCCAAAGAUAAGCUUUAUUUUUUUUAAACUGACCCUUUUAUGGUGUGGUAUGUUGUUUAUGUUCUGCUUUUGCUGUUGAAUUAAAGUUGGUUACACGAUGUUAGAUUGGGUGUGGAUAUAGUCAGAUUUUACUUCACUUGCAGAUUUCUUAUUGGCAGCUGAUUAGAGUAUAUUUGUGGUACAAACUGUAUUUUUUCAUUAAGAGGCAUUACUUUGUAAAAAAUUGGUCUUUAUACUUCAUGCUGUUGAAAUUACCAUAUAAUACUGUUCUGUAUGGUUGAAAAUGUUGCAUGUUUGAAUACACUGUACGAUACCCAGGUUCAACCAUUAAAGUCAAUUCCAAUUUC